AUGUGGAAUCCAAUCCUGCAAACGUCCUUCUUCUGCAUGCGCCUAUUCAUCGUCUUUAAUAUCUUUUUCGCUAUCUCGCUGCUAAUUUGUGGCCCAUUUGAGGUUUUGCCUCAGGUAGAAGGCCAGAAAUCGAAUGAUAUAUUCUGCCCAGUUGGAUGUCGGUGUUCUGGACAAUCUAUCAUGUGUCGCAACUCGUUGCGCGAGCUUCCAAGUUUACCAGCCUUCAUCGGUGGUGACACGGGAGGCGUGAUCCAGUACCUCGGCGUGCACUCCAGUUUAAUAACAAAUAUCCGCAGCUCCGCGUUUCUCGGCCAAGAGGACCUGGUGCGCAUAGAUCUCACUUCGAAUAGAAUAUCUGAGGUGGCGUCUGACGCACUUGUUGGGCUAGCCUCACUUCGUAGGCUAAGCCUGCGUGACAACCAUCUCAUCCGACUUCCAGACUCUGUAUUCUUCCCCGUGUCAGAACUGGAGGAGCUUGAUCUGGCCGAGAACCGACUUCAGACUCUACCGUAUUCCCUGGAAAGUCUGGCACGAUUGACGCGACUCCGCCUCUCCAACAAUCCGCUGCACUGUCCCUGUCACCUGGUAGACUUUGCACUUAACCUGGGCGUCUUUGAGACUGCCCAGCAGCCCGUUGUCUGUCACUCGCCAUCUGAGGUCUUGGGUGUCCCAUUAGCCGUCCUCGGACGCAGGCUGCGUGAGUACUCCAACGACUCCCGUUACCUAGGCUACUCGGAGGCUGUGCCUGAGGAGAAUGAACGGUCCGAGUUCGGAGGGCUUAGGAUUCAUCGACUGCUUGUUGGUCCUGGAAAGGAGUGGCCCUGGCCCCACUGUCCAAUCGACGACUUUGGUGGCCGACCAGCCAGAUCUCGGCUUUUAGAAUCCAGCACUAGGCGAAGUGAAGCCAACGAGAAGGAUGGCGAAGAAGGCGGUGAUGCUGUACCUGAGCAUCAAGGCCUGGUGAUGCCUGCAAUCACAAAGCCCCCCGAGAGUGUGCUAGCCACGCCCGGUGAGAUAGUGCAAUUUGUCUGCCAAGUUGAGGGCCAACCAAUACCGAAAAUCGUUUGGAGGAUUCCUACCAAUGCUUCUCACUUCAUCCGAUUGCAUCAGAGAAGAGAGGUACACAGUCUUUUUUCCCCAGGGCAGAAUAGGUACACGCCAUCUAACUUAAAUGACUUUAAUUUUACAUGCCUCUGCUACAUGAUUCAAAUUGGACCUAAAAUGCUAAAAACUGGUUUGACCCAUUUUUUACAACUUCGUCGUUUUGUCAUGGAGUUAAAUGAAUAUACCUUGUUAUGA